AUGGAGUGUUUUCAUUGGAUGAAAAAGAAGGUGGUUGGGAAACGAGGUAUGAUGGCAGUUAAGCUCGACAUGUCGAAGGCGUAUGAUAGAAUUGAAUGGGAUUUCGUGACUGGUGCCCUUGAAGCUAUGGGAUUCCCUGUCCAUAUGAUUCACCUUAUUAAGAGGUGCAUCUCGACAGUCUCGUAUCAGAUUCUUUUAAAUGAUGACAGCUUGAUUUUUGCAAGGGCGAACCAAAAGGAAGCUGAAGUUAUUCUGACAGUCCUGUACCGUUACCAGAGAGCCCCGGGACAAAUGGUGAACAUUGAUAAGUCACAAGUCUCUUUCAGCAAGAAUUUGGGGACUGACACUUGUGAAAUGGUGCGACAAAGGCUUGGUAUGGUAUCGGUUGUUAAUCAUGGUACAUACUUAGGCCUGCCGGUGAUCCUCGGAAGGUCUAAAAAGGAAGUAUUCGGGCUGGUGAUUGAUCGUGUGUGGAAGAAAAUAAAAGGAUGGAAAGAAAACUUUCUGUCUAAAGCGGGUAAGGAGAUUCUUCUUAAAGCCGUGGCCCAAGCGAUCCCGAAUUAUGUUAUGAGUUGCUACAAGCUUCCGGAAGGAAUUUGUAAGGAAAUCGAAUCACUGCUUGCUAAAUUCUGGUGGGGGGCUAAAGAUGGUGUGAGGAAAAUGCAUUGGAUGAGUUGGGAGAGACUUUCUCUUGCAAAGUGUAAUGGUGGCAUGGGAUUUCGCGGGAUAGGAGAAUUCAAUAAGAGCCUGCUCGGAAAGCAAUAUUGGAGACUGUUAAAUGAUGAAAAUUCAUUGCUGGCUAGAGUCUUUAAAGGCAAAUAUUAUCCUAGGGGAAUUCUGUCAGAGGCAAAAGUGGGUUUUUCGCCAAGUUAUGCAUGGAGAAGUCUAUUAAGCGCGAAGGAGAUGGUGGAAAGUGGAACCAGGUGGAGAAUUGGAGAUGGUUCUAAGGUUAGAAUCUGGCACGACAAUUGGAUACCGACAAAUCCAGGUUUUAAAGCCCUGAGCCCAAUACGCGAGAUUGAGGAAAAUGCUAGGGUGAAUGUUCUCAUUGAUGCUGACUUGGGACGGUGGAAUACAGAAUUUCUUAAUGAAGUUUUCAACCAGCAUGAGGCUGCUCAAAUUGCCAGCAUACCCCUUUCGAGCAGACUCCGAGAGGAUAAGCGGAUAUGGCACUACGAAAAGGAUGGUGAGUAUUCUGUUAAAUCUGCGCACCAUUAUCUCAAAGAUCUCAGAAGGAAGAAAGCUCCUGGACCCUCUUCGUGUAGCAGCGUAGACAUAUGGAAAAAACUGUGGAAAGUUCCCAUCGAUUCAAAGAUCAAAAAUUGUGUUUGGAGAGCAGGCAAGAACAUUCUUCCGACGAGGAGUAACCUCCUAAAAAAAGGUAUUUCUCUGGAUCCUAAUUGCCCUUUCUGCUGUUCUGCCCUGGUCCCUGGAAACACCCCAGCAUAUUUUCCUAGAUUUUUUGAGAUCCAAAUUCAAUUUACCGCGCUUUGGAAGAUUUGGCAGGCUCGUAACUUGUUGAUUUUCCAAAACAAACGGAUUGAACCGAUGGUUUUAGCUGGUGAUAUCUAUGAUAGGGUUGCUGAAUUCAACAGUGUUUUUCCACAGGCCCAGACAAGUGCGAAGAGGGAGGAUCUGCUGCAGGCUGCCACUGUGCACGCAGAGACGGUAAUUAUUGCCACCGAUGCUGGAUGUUUUGAGGAAGGUUUUGCUGCCAUGGGCUGUGUCAUCAGAAAGGGAAAGGAUAAUAUUCUGGUUGCUGCCUGCAAGAAGGACUUCAUCCAGAUCUCGGUGUCGACGGCAGAAGCUCUAGCCUUAAAGUGGGCAAUGAAGAUGGCUGCGGAUCUCUCUCUUGACAACAUUGUGUUCUUCUCUGACGCACAAUUUGUAGUCGACUGUAUCAAUGGGUGCGCUUUUUCGGCGGACUUGGAACCUAUAGUGAUUGAUUGUAGAUCACUUCUGUGUAAUUUUAAUUCUGCAUCUGUGUUAUUUUGGAAUAGGAACUGUAAUUCAGAGGCACACCAUAUGGUGGGUGUAGGUAGAAACCUGGGUAACAAAACUUGGUUGGGUGUCAUCCCCUCUCUGAGUGAUGGCCCGUCUUGUAUUCGCCAUUCAGCUUUGUUGUUUUAA